AUGGGAGACGAUAACAAUUCUCAAGCACGUGAUAAAGGUCUUGAGAUGAAGAAGGACAUACGAUGUCCUAUGCUAUCAUCGACCAACUAUACCGUAUGGUCGAUGCGAAUGAAAGUUAUUCUUCGUUUAUACGAAGUUUGGGAUACUAUUGAUCGAGGGAGUGAUGACGCAAAGAAGAAUAAUAUGGCAAUUGCUCUAAUCUUUCAAUCAGUCCCGGAGGUGCUAAUACUUCAGAUAGGAGAACAUGAUACAUCGGAGAAGAUUUGGGAAGCUAUCAAAUCCUGUAACUUAGGUGCUGAUCGCGUGAGAGAAGCAAGAUUACAGACUUUGAUGUCUGAGUUCGACAAACUGAAGCUGGCAGACACAGACACGGUGGAUGACUACGCAGAAAAACUUUCAGGCUUAGCAUCAAGAGCAGUCGCUUUAGGAGAGAUAAUGGAAGAAUCGAAGAUGGUCGUGGAAGCCAUAACAACUCGCGAGGAAGAGGCAGAGGUAGAGGUUAUGGUGGAAGAGGAAGAGGUCGAGGAAGGUCUAAUGGUUAUGAUGGUCAUAACAAAGGAAGAGAAGCUUCAGACAAGACCAAGAAGGACUAUUCUAAGGUUAAAUGCUAGAGAUGCGACAAGAUGGGGAACUUUGUGUCACAUUUUCCUACACGACCAAUAG